CGCCAAGUUCUGAUUCGUCAGUGAGAUGCAUCUGAGAAAGAACUAACCAGACCAAUACCCCCCACCGUGAGAAGCACACGUUGUUAUCCCGUGUCUUGUCAGUGCAUCCUGUAAUCAGGUCCCCCCUCCCCUUUUGAAUUUCUGAUUUACAGACAGCAAUGACAGCCAGAGUACUUAUAAUUGGUAGUGGAGGAAGGGAACAUACACUGGCCUGGAAACUUGCACAGUCUCAUCAUGUCAAAGAAGUGUUGGUUGCCCCAGGAAAUGCAGGCACUGCCUGCUCUGGAAAGAUUUCAAAUACUGCCGUCUCAGUCAAUGACCACACUGCCCUUGCACAAUUCUGCAAAGAUGAGAAAAUUGAAUUUGUAUUUGUUGGGCCAGAAGCACCUCUGGCUACCGGAAUUGUUGGGAAUCUGGCAUCUGCAGGAGUGCGAUGCUUUGGCCCCACAGCAGAAGCAGCUCAGUUAGAGUCCAGUAAAAGGUUUGCCAAAGAGUUUAUGGACCGACAUGGAAUCCCAACUGCACAAUGGAAAGCUUUCACCAAACCUGAAGAGGCCUGCAGCUUCAUUAUGAAUGCGAACUUCCCUGCUUUAGUUGUGAAGGCCAGUGGUCUUGCAGCUGGGAAAGGGGUGAUUGUUGCAAAGAACAAAGAAGAGGCCUGUAAAGCUGUACGGGAGAUGAUGCAGAAGAAAGCUUUUGGAACAGCUGGAGAAACAAUUGUCAUUGAAGAACUUCUCGAAGGAGAAGAAGUAUCUUGUCUGUGUUUCACUGAUGGGAAGACUGUGGCUGCCAUGCCCCCAGCGCAGGACCAUAAGCGAUUAUUGGAGGGAGAUGGCGGCCCCAACACCGGGGGAAUGGGAGCCUAUUGUCCAGCACCUCAGAUUUCUAAGGAUCUGUUACUAAAAAUUAAAAAUACGGUUCUUCAGAGGACAGUAGAUGGGAUGCAGCAGGAGGGUACUUUGUAUACAGGUAUUCUCUAUGCCGGUAUAAUGCUGACCAAGGAUGGCCCAAAAGUUCUUGAGUUCAAUUGUCGUUUUGGUGAUCCAGAGUGCCAAGUAAUCCUCCCACUUCUUAAAAGUGAUCUUUAUGAGUUGAUUCAGUCUACCUUAGAUGGCCUGCUCUGCACAUCUCCACCUGUUUGGCUAGAAAACCGUACUGCCCUCACUGUUGUCAUGGCAAGUAAAGGUUAUCCUGGAGACUACAUCAAGGGUGUGGAGAUAACAGGGUUUCCUGAGGCUCAAGCUUUAGGACUAGAGGUGUUCCAUGCAGGCACUGAGCUCAAAGAUGGCAAAAUAGUCACUAACGGGGGUAGGGUCCUUGCAGUAACAGCCAUUCGGGAGAAUCUCAUAUCAGCCCUUGAAGAAGCCAAGAAAGGACUAGCUGCUAUAAAGUUUGAGGGAGCAAUUUAUAGGAAGGAUAUCGGCUUUCGUGCAAUAGCUUUCCUUCAGCAGCCCAGGGGCCUAACUUACAAGGAAUCUGGAGUAGACAUUGCAGCGGGAAAUGAGCUGGUCAAGAAAAUUAAGCCGUUAGCAAAAGCUACCUCUAGAUCAGGCUGUGAUGUUGACCUUGGAGGUUUUGCUGGUCUUUUUGAUUUGAAAGCAGCUGGUUUCAAAGAUCCUCUUCUGGCCUCUGGAACAGAUGGUGUUGGAACUAAACUGAAGAUUGCCCAGCUGUGCAACAAACAUGAUACCAUUGGUCAAGAUUUGGUUGCAAUGUGUGUAAAUGACAUUCUGGCACAGGGAGCAGAGCCCCUCUUCUUCCUUGAUUAUUUUGCCUGUGGAAAACUUGACCUCAGUACAGCUGAAGCUGUUGUUGCUGGAAUUGCUAAAGCUUGUGGAAAAGCUGGAUGUGCUCUCCUUGGAGGCGAAACAGCAGAAAUGCCUGAGAUGUAUCCUCCUGGAGAGUACGACCUAGCUGGUUUUGCCAUUGGUGCCAUGGAGCGAGAUCAGAAACUCCCUCAUCUGGAAAAAAUCACUGAAGGGGAUGUUAUUGUUGGAAUAGCUUCAUCUGGUCUUCAUAGUAAUGGAUUUAGCCUUGUGAGGAAAAUUGUGGCAAAAUCUUCCCUCCAGUACUCCUCUUCAGCACCUGAUGGUUGUGGCAAUGAAACUUUAGGAGACUUACUUCUAACUCCAACAAGAAUCUACAGCCGUUCACUGUUACCUGUCCUACGUUCAGGACAUGUCAAAGCCUUUGCCCAUAUUACUGGUGGUGGAUUGCUAGAAAACAUCCCCAGAGUCCUCCCUCAGCAAUUUGGGGUUGAUUUAGAUGCCCGGACAUGGAGUAUCCCCAAGGUCUUCUCAUGGUUGCAGCAGGAAGGACACCUCUCUGCAGAAGAGAUGGCCAGAACAUUUAAUUGUGGAGUUGGGGCUGCCCUUGUGAUAUCAAAGGAUCAGACAGAGCAGGUUCUGGGAGAUAUUCAGCAGCACAAGGAAGAAGCCUGGGUUAUUGGUAGUGUGGUUGCACGUCCUGAAGGUUCCCCUCGUGUGAAAGUCCAGAAUCUGAUUGAAAGCAUGCAAAUAAAUCGGUCAGUGUUGCAGAAUGGCUCCCUGAAAAAUCACAUUUCUGUCCAACAAAAAAAGGCAAGAGUGGCUGUCUUAAUAUCUGGAACAGGAUCAAACCUCCAAGCACUCAUAGACAGUACUCGGGAACCAAAUAGUUCUGCACACAUUGUUGUUGUUAUCUCCAACAAAGCAGCAGUGGCAGGGUUAGAGAAAGCAGAAAGAGCUGGUAUUCCAACCAGAGUAAUUAAUCAUAAAUUAUAUAAGAACCGUAUAGAAUUUGACAAUGCAGUUGACCAAGUCCUUGAAGAGUUCUCCACAGACAUAGUAUGUCUUGCAGGAUUCAUGAGAAUUCUAUCUGGCCCCUUUGUCAGAAAAUGGAAUGGAAAAAUGCUGAACAUUCACCCAUCCUUGCUCCCUUCUUUUAAGGGUUCAAAUGCCCAUGAACAAGCCCUGGAAUCUGGAGUCACAGUUACUGGCUGCACUGUACACUUUGUAGCUGAAGAGGUCGAUGCUGGACAAAUUAUUUUGCAAGAACCUGUUCCUGUGAAGAAGGGUGACACUGUUGCAACUCUGUCUGAAAGAGUAAAAGUAGCAGAACAUAAAAUAUUUCCUAUAGCCCUCCAGCUGGUGGCCAGUGGAACUAUACAGCUUGGAGAAAAUGGCAAGAUUUGUUGGGUCAAAGAGGAAUGAAUCCUGAAGCCAGUUUUGAAAGAAUUAUUUAAUUAUAAGUCAUACAAUCCUCCCACCUUGGCCUCCCAGAGUGCUAGCAUUGUAUCUGGCUUUGUUUGCUCACAUUUGGUGAAAUUCAUAUUGUUACAUGUAUUUAUAGAUCAAUCAUCAUUCCAUGAAUGAAUAUAUCAUAGUGUAUCCAUUCUACUAUUGAUGCUAGUUUGGGUAUUUCCAGUCUGGGGCUAUUAUAUAAUAUUCCUGCUACUAUGAAUGUUCUUUUAGGUACUACUCAACAUUUUCCCUAAGUCACUGGGCCAAUUUACACUCCCAUAGGUAAUAUAUGAGAGUUCUAGUUGUUCCACAGUCUGGCCGAAACAUAGUAUGGUCUUCUCCCAACCCUCAUUUGUGAGUUGGUAGUGCUUUUACGUUGCUGUGGUUUGUAUUUCCCAGUUAACUAAUGAAACUGAGACUUUUUGUUUGUUUUGUUUGUUUGUUUGAGAUAGGUCCUGGCUUUGUGGCCUCAGCUGGAGUGCAGUGGCAUCAGGAUAGCUCACAGCAAUCUCAAACUUCUGGGCUCAAGCAGUUUUCCUGUCUUAACAUCCCAAGUAUCUGGUACUAUAGGCACACGCCCAGCUAAUUCUUUGUUUUGCAGAGACAGGGUCGUCUUGCUCUUGUUCAGGCUGGAGAGAAUGAGACUCUUUUCUUUUUUUUUUGUAGAGAUAGAGUUUCACUUUAUCGCCCUCGGUAGAGUGCCGUGGCAUCACACAGCUCACAGCAACCUCCAACUCCUGGGCCUAGGCGAUUCUCCUGCCUCAGCCUCCCGAGUAGCUGGGACUACAGGCGCCCGCCACAACGCAGAGCUAUUUUUGUUGUUGCAGUUUGGCUGGGGCCGGGUUUGAACCCGCCACCCUUGGUAUAUGGGGCCGGGGCCCUGCUUACUGAGCCACAGGCGCCGCCCGAGAAUGAGACUCUUUCAAUGUAUACUUGACCUCUUUUCAAAUCUAUGUCAUCAGCACCCCCUUGCAAAUAGCCUUUAGUUUGCUUAUUUUUGAUAAGAUCCAUGUUCCUGCCUUGGUGCUUGUAGCUCAGUAGUUAGGGUGCUGGCCACGUACACGGAGGCAGGCAGGUUUGAACCUGGCCUAGGCCUGCCAAACACAAAUUACAACUACAACAAAAAAAUAACCAGGUGUCGUGGCAGGCACCUAUAGUCAGUCCCAGCUACUUGGGAGGCUGAGGCAAGGGAAUCACUUAAGCCCAAGAGUUUGAGGUUGCUGUGAGCUGUGACACCACAGCACUCUACUGAGGGUGACAUAAGGAGACUCUGUCUCAAAAAAGAAAAAAGAUCCAUAUUCCUCUUCCCUCUGAGCUGCUUCCCAAGGUAUUUUCUCUACUAGAAUCUUCUUUCUGCUGACUCAAGGAAAACUUUGGAGGGAGUCUUAGAUUAUUAAGAAAGGCCAGGCUUGGUGGCUCAUGCCUUUAAUGCUAAAACUCCGGGAGGCAGGAGGAUCACUUAAGGUCAGUAGUUCAAGACCAUCCUGAGCAAAGCAAGACCCUAUCUCUACUAAAAAAUGGGGGAAAAAAAAAAAAACCCAGGCAUAAUAGCACAACACUGGUAGUCCCAGCUGCUUGGGAGGCUAAGGCAGGAGGAUGACUUGAACCCAGGAGUUUGAAGUUCCAAUGAACUAUGAUGAGGCCACUGCACUAGUGACAAAACAAAACUGUCUUUAAAAAACCCUUUUUUUGUAUUAAAAUAUCUUCCUGCUUUCUAUGUAUUUCUCAUAAACAGCCAAAUCUUGUUUUUAAAUUCUGAGUCUAUAGUUUAUUUUUAUUUAUUUAUUUUUUUUUUUUGCAGUUUUUGGCCGGGGCUAGAUUUGAACCCACCACCUCCGGCAUAUGGGGCUGGCGCCCUACUCCUUUGAGCCACAGGCGCCGCCCAAGUCUAUAGUUUUUUGAACAUUACAUGACUUAAUUCCCAUUUUUCUUUUUCAGUGUAUUCUACUUCAAGUCUCCCACUUACAAUCCCAAGAGUCCUGGCAAAUACAAAAAACACCCACUAUAGAAGGCACUCUUGGGGCAUCUAGGUUAACAGCAGAAGAGACUUUUUCUAUAAUCUUUUUUUAAGAGACGAGGUCUCACUCUUGCUCAUCUUGCUCUGGUCUUGAACCUGGAACUGCUGAGCUCAGGCAAUCCGCCUGCCUCGGCUUUGCAAAGUACUAGGAUUACAAAAUUAUAGGCAUGAGCCAUAAUCCUUUUUAAACUGGAGGAAAAGUUAGGGAACCAUCGCAGGGAUGCAGUUUGAAUACCAUGAAGGACACUUCAUCUCAGGGCUGGGUUCAAGACCUGAAUUCCAUUUAAAAGGCAAAGAAAUGUCACUAGUCACAACCUCCCCAAACCUCACUUUCUUAAUCUAUAAGAAAGAAACCGUCUUUACCUCUAGCAUUGUAAGGAGGAAUAAAAAUGUCAAGUAUGGACAGGAACUAAGGAACCUGAAUAUAGAGCAAGGAUGAGCAACAGCCUCAUGUAAGGAAAUUGUAAUAGGCUGGGCCUCACCAAAGUACCUUCACUGAUGUUCACCAACAGUACCUGGCUCCCAGCAGGAACCUAAUAAAAUAGCAUUUGAUGAAUGAACAGGCUCAGAGCCAAAGGAGGUGGGAUGUGAUUCAGGCCAAGGGUAAACCCCUACUAUUACAUUUCAUAAUUUCUCCAUGUCUGUGCUCUUUUUACCAUUGUUCAGUUCUCUCACACUAAUAAGGGUACACCACUUACCAAUCAUUGUGCUCACUUUAUCUUUGGAAGUCACCAGGUAAAUGGAGCUUUAGGGAGGCUUCCCUGGUUCUUGUUACGAGAGAGAUCACAGAAGUAGUUUGAGGGCCGAAACUAUUUUCUAGCCACUAAGAGGCCCUGAAUGUGAUAAACCUCUAUAUAUUGAGAAAUAUAAGAAAUUUUUACAAAGAAAAAGGCGAACGUGUCAAGAGUUUAAUUAAAAUUAAGGGACAUGGCUCGGUACCUGUAGCUCAGUGGCUAGGGCACUAGCCACGUGCACCAGGACUGGCAGGUCUGAACCCAGCCCAGGCCUGCCAAACACAAAUGACUAUAACAAAAAAAUAACCAGGCAUUAUAGCAGGUACCUUUAGUCCCAGCCACUUGGGAGGCUGAGGCAAGAGAAUUGCUUAAGCCCAAGAGUUUAAGGUUGCUGUGAACUGUGAUGCCACAGCACGCUCUGAGCGUGACAUGGUGAGACUGUCUAAAAAAAAAAAUUAAGGGACAGGAGGGGAACUACAGAAGUAGCAUAAAGCUAUUUUCACUGUCCUUUCCAGGGGUGGCCAGAACAAGAACUUGUUCUAAAACUAAUUUGUUAACUGUAAAUUGUAACUGCCUUUUGUUUUUUUUUGAGUCUCACUAUGUAGCCCUCAGAGUGCCAUGGUGUCACAGCUCACAGCAACCUCAAAUUCUUGGGCUUAAGCGAUUCUCUUGCCUUGGCCUCCCAAGUAGCUGGGACUACAAGUGCCUGUCACAACACCUGGUGAUUUUGUUGUUGUCCUUGUUUAGCAGGCCUGGGCCGGAUCCAAACCCACCAGCCCCCGUGCAUGAGGCUGGCACCCUAACCACUGAACUACAGGCACCAAGUCUAUAACCACUUUAAAACAAGUGUAUAACUCAACAUGGUUCAGGUCACAGAUGCAGCUGCAAGUAAUUCAGGGUAAUGAAAUUCUAGUUUAGUUUUUUUAAGUUCAUGUUAUGCUGACAAUUUCUUUUGACUUUUUAAACCUAGAUUGUAUUAAUAUCCCAUGUUCUUUUAGCAGUGGUUCUCAACCUUUAAUGCCGGGGCCCUUUAAUAUAGUUCCUGUGGGUAGUGACGCAUAGGUUGAGAACUGCUGUUUUAGCAGUUUUAAUACAUAAUUGUAUCCCCUACUACUGUUUAAAAGAGAAAUCUCUUGGCUCGGUGCCCAUAGCUCAGUGGGUGGGGUGCCAGCCACAUACACCAAGGCUGGUGGGUUCUAACCUGGCCUGAGCCUGCUAAACAAUGGCAACAGCCUGGCACUGUGGGGGGCACCUAUAGCCCCAGCUACUUGGUAAGCUGAGGCAAGAGAAUAGCUUAAGCCCCAGAGUUUGAGAUUGCUGUGAUCUGUGACUCUACUGAGAACAACUUUGAAACUGUCUCAAAAAAAGAUAAAAGAAAUCUCUAGGCUGGGCACAGUGGGUAACUCCUGUAAUCAUAGCACUUUGGGAGGCUGAGGCCGGUAGAUAAAUGCUUGAGUUCAGGAGUUGGAGACUAGCCUGAGAAAGAGCAAGACCUGUCUCCAAAAAUAGCUAGGCAUGUAGUGAGCACCUAUAGUCCCAGCUACUUGGGAGGCUGAGGCAAGAGGAUCAUUUGAGCCUAAGACUUUGAGGUUGCUGUGAGCUAUCGUACCACAGCAUUCUACAGAGGGUGACAAAGUGAGACUCUGUCUCCAAAAAAAAAAAGAUUAAAA